GGCCAGACGAAGCCGGAUCAACCUCUGAGUGGAAGAAGGCUGUCUUGCGGAGAAGAGGGGCCUAGGCCUCCUGUCUAACCCAAGAAGAUUCUAGCCAUGUCAAGCAGGGAAACGAAGGCCACUGACAGUGCUGGCAGGCACCGAAGGAUGGAUCCAAAUCUCUCCUCAGAUGACAGCCAGAACCCAGGUGCAGUCGCUGCAGCCAACAAAGAAGUCCUUGAUGCUGGUAGGGAGGACACUAUUUCCUCAGGAACAGAAAGGCAACAGGCCAGGAAGAAAACACAGGAUUUUUUCCAAGAAUUCGAAGUGCCAAUUAAGAAUGUUCUUCGGGAAAACAGAGAAAGAUUCUCAAGGAUCAUGGCCUCAUCUUUCCAUGCCAUGGAGGUCAAAGUUACGGAUGUUCUGAAAACCCAGUGUGAACAAAGGCAGAAACUUUAUCAAGACUACUCUCUUCAGGUUACAAAUUUGAAUAGAAAGUUAACCAUGGAUGCAAACCAAGUCAAGAAACAUGCAGAAAAACUCUCAAAUAUGUUUAUGGAGCAACAGAAGUUUAUUCAUGAAUCUCUCACUCUUCAGAAGAACAGAAUUUUGGAAUUUAAAUCACUGUGUGAAGAAUACUUGGAGAAAUUUGAGAUGCUGAGGGAUUCUCGGGGAAAUUCCGUUGCUGAAGAGCUGAGACGUCUCAUAGCGGCCUUGGAAAUAAAACUUCUGAUGGUGCAUAGCCAGCAAGAGACUGCUGCUGCUCCACAGUCUCUCCUGGAUACGCUAUUCUCAUAAUACUUUGGAGGACAGAAGUCGACAUGAGGGGAGCAGAAAUAAGCUGGGUGAAUAAGUCCUUCGGUGACUAGGUCUUCUCAUGUUCUCCUCCAGUUCCUGAAGAUUCCCCUUUCUGUUAAAAACCCCCAAACCCCAAGGAUUUGUGUGACAGCAGUGCAAAUAUGUUUGUAGGAAGCUCCAGCCCUCGGGUAGAAACAGCAGGCUUUCCUUGGUAGCAUGGUAAUUAAGGGUUAGCACACAUUAGGGUUGAUAUAGUGGAUUAUCAUACACGAGCGUCAUUUUCCCAAAUUAGAAGGCACACAAGUGGGCCUUCCUUGUCCUGUCUAGAUAAAUAAAGAGGAUCCAGUCUUUCUUUUACAUUCUGUUCUUAAAUGUGUUCAGUGAUGGAGCCUCUGGAACUGACCUUAAGCUUCCAAAGGCAGUGUGUGCCUCAGAAAUAGUUAAACUACUAGAAUUCAUCAAGCCUCCCAAAUAAGAAAGAUGUGGGUAAUGUGACUUGAGCCUGUGGAAAUGUUAUUUGCAGACAACAUUUACAAGGUCUUUGAAUUAACUGUGUCUGUCACACUAAGGUGAUUCUGAGAGUGAAUACAGCUCAACUCGCCACAGUUUAUUAAUCUCCUCACUUGUAUGGAAAGGAGUAACUGAGAAUGUUUUGUUUUUGAAGUUUAUCACGCAUGUAGUGCGUGACCAUCAGGGAUACAGGAGGACUCCUGUACAGUUAGAGCUCAUGUCCUGUGAUUUCCCAUAUGUAAACCCUGGGAAAUCUUUACUGGGGAACAUUCCAUUUAAUAAACAUGAAAUUGUUUCAGA